UCUUCACCAGUAUCAUCUCAGUCAGCCAUGGGUCUCCCUGGGUGUCAGAUGUGGACAUGGACCCUCUUCUUCAGCUGGAUGUUUGUGGGUCGAGCAGCGGCAGGACCGCAGUACAUGGUCGCCAUUCCUGCAACUCUUGAAUCCGGGGCUGAGACCAAGCUCUGUGCGAGUCUCCUGCAGCCCAACGAGACUCUGGUCAUGAUCAUCACUCUGAAGUCCUCAGAGGAGAACACAACCCUCUUCAAACAGGCGUCCAAUAAGGACUUUCAUAGCUGCACUCAAUUUACGGUUCCCUCAGGGAAGGAUGGAGAUGUGCAGGAAUUUGAGGUGGAGGUACGAGGCGACACUUAUUACUCAAAAGAAGUCAGGAAGGUCCUGAUCAAAGUCUAUCGUCCAAUGACAUUCGUCCAAACCGAUAAACCAAUCUACCUCCCUGGACAAACAGUGCAUUUCAGAGUCAUCACGCUGGACUCCAAGUUCACGCCUGCCAAUGGGCUGUAUGAUAUCAUCGAAAUUGAGGAUGCUGACAAUAACCGGAUUGGACAGUGGCUGAAUGAAACGUCCAACAGUAAGAUAUUGCAGCUUUCAUACGACUUGAACUCUGAGGCCCGUGAAGGACACUACCAGGUUAUUGUGACGACUGGGUUGGAAAAAAUAAAUCACAACUUCAAGGUGGAGAAAUACGUUCUUCCUAAAUAUGAAAUAAAAAUAAAUGCAUCCGAUGAAGUAGUUAUUGAUCAGGAGGAAAUUAAAGCUGAAGUAUGUGCAACGUAUACAUUCGGACAGCCCGUUCCAGGCAUUGUUGAGGCCAAGAUGUGCCGACCUCUAAAUCAUUACUAUCUUCCAAGACCUUCAUUCAACAUUGACACGCUGGAGGAGGACAUUGAUGUAGUCGCCCCAUGCCACAGUGAGACAAAGCAGACGGACAACAAAGGCUGCGCCUCGUUUAUCUUCCCGAUGUCAGCUUUCACAAGAGUUGCACAAAAGGUUUUGAGAGAUAAACUUCAGCUCUCGGUCAAAGUGGAAGAGGAGGGCACAGGUAUCUCACUCGAGCAAGAGCAGAAUAUAACGAUUUCAUAUAUCGUUGGAAAGCUGUCCUUCACCGACACGCCCAAGAUUUAUGACCAAGGAUCAAACUUUGAGGGAAAAGUUCAAGCGGUCCAUUACAACAAAACCCCCAUUGCUGACAUGCCGCUGUACCUGUUUGAGGGUGAAAGGUGGUCCUCACGCCGGCUGCAGAAUCUCACAACCAACAGCCAUGGCGUCGCCUCGUUCACACUCAGCACGGCUGAACUUGUGGGGGACAUCCAACUCCACGUGAGCAACUUGCCGGAAUACGCCUACGAAGGUUACAGAACGCCGCACUAUGAGGCUGGAGAGCACAGCGUGUCAUUGCUCCGACUUUCAACUCCACACACUAAAACGAUCAGCUUCCUGGAGGUGAUGAAAAAGAAUAACCCACUUCCAUGUGACAGAGAAGAAGUCUUCACCAUCCAAUACACGGUGGUCGGAGAAGCCCAGGGCUCUGUGGACGUGAUGUAUCUGGUCUUAACCCGAGGAGCCAUCGUCAUGCAGGGAGUCAAACGGGUCCAAGUGCAAAAAUCAGUGAACGAGGGCGAGGUGACCUUCAAGCUGAUGGUGUCUCCCGACAUGGCGCCAGACGUCCAGGUGGUGGCGUACGCCGUUCUCCCCAGCGAGAAUGUGGUGGCUAACAGCGUCGACUUCUCCGUCGAGAAAUGCUUUGGUAACAAGGUGUCCCUGGAGUUCUCUCCGUCCUCGGCGGUCCCAGGAGAGGAGGUCAUCCUGCAGGUGGCGGCUCAGCCCGACUCGCUGUGCGGCGUGAGCGCCGUGGACCAGAGCGUCCUCAUCAAGGAGCCGGGGAAAACUCUGGAUGCAGAGAAGAUAUUUGACCUGUUGCCAGUCAAGAAAGUCUCCCACAUUCCAUACAUGGUUGAAGAUGUCAUUGAAUGUUUGCCCGUGAGGCCGAGAAGACACAUCAUGCCAUACCCCAGUGAGCCGAAAGAGGACGCUCAUACCGUUUUCAAGAGCGUGGGGUUGAAGAUGGCAACCAACUUGUUAAUCAGAGCGCCUUCGUGCCUCCAGUACAAAGGAAGAGAAUACCACCACGGCCACGCAUAUGGUUUUCUUCGUUCCGAGUUACAUGCUCAUGGUGGGAUGGGUGGUCCAGGUGGAUCUAUUGAAUCUGAGUCACCAAUAGAGACAGUGCGUACUUUCUUCCCUGAGACCUGGAUAUGGGCCCUGGUGGAAGUGGGAGACUCCGGAGUGAAGGACGUGCCCCUCACCGUCCCAGACACCAUCACCACCUGGGAGACGGAGGCUUUCUGUCUGUCCCCCCAUGGUUUCGGCUUGGCCCCCCGUCAGGAGAUCACCGUCUUCCAGCCCUUCUUCCUGGAGCUCACCCUGCCCUACUCCAUCAUCCGGGGGGAGCACUUCGAACUGAAGGCGACCGUCUUCAACUACCUGAGCAGCUGCAUCAUGGUCAACGUGGCUCCGGCUCCCUCCUUAGAAUACACCCUCACCCGCCUCUGCGGUGAGAAGUACACUUUCUGUUUGUGCGGCAACCAGCGGCGGACCGUGAGCUGGACGAUGGAGCUCUCAGCUUUAGGAGUCGUGAACGUGACGGUGGUCGCCGAGGCCGUGGCGUCCCACAUUUCCUGUGACAAUGAGGUGGUGAGCGUGCCGAAGAGAGGUCGCAUCGACUCGGUCACACGACCUCUCAUCGUGAAGGCUGAAGGAGUUGAGAUGUCAAAGACCUUCAACUGGCUGCUCUGCCCCAAAGGAGAGGCUUUGAAGGAGGAAGUCGACAUCCAGCUCCCCGAGGAAGUGAUUGUUGGAUCAGCCCGUGCUUCAGUCUCUGUCCUGGGUGACAUUCUGGGCCGAGCCCUGAACAACCUUGACGGGCUUCUGCGGAUGCCGUACGGAUGUGGGGAGCAGAACAUGGCGCUCCUCGCCCCCAACAUCUACAUCCUCCAGUACCUGAGGAACACUCAGCAGCUGACCUCGGCCAUCAACGACAAGGCCACCAAGUUCCUGACUGGCGGCUACCAGAGGCAGCUGAACUACAGGUACGGUGAUGGCGCUUACAGCACCUUCGGAUCCGGAACGGGGAACACUUGGCUGACCGCUUUCGUGGUGAGAUCGUUCACCAAAGCCCAGUCCUUCAUCUACAUCGACCCCAAGACCAUCGAAGGCUCGGUGGUUUGGCUGAAAGAGAAGCAGAAGGAGAACGGCUGUUUCCAACCGUCAGGAAAGCUCUUCAACAACCGGAUGAAGGGCGGCGUGUCUGACGAGGUGACGCUCAGCGCGUACAUCACUGCUGCCUUCCUGGAGAUGAACACGUCCGCAGACAACCCUGAAGUGAAGAGGAGCCUGUCUUGCCUCAGAGAGUCUUUCGGGGACCUCAGUAACAGCUACACCACGGCUCUGCUGGCGUACGUCUUCACCCUGGCAGGAGACAUGGAGGCCCGAGCUCACCUUCUGAAGCACCUGGACUCAGUCGCCCUACACCAAGGAGGGUUCCUCCACUGGGCUCAGACGGCAUCAGACACGUCGGCCUCCCUCUCCGUGGAGAUCAGCGCCUACGUCGUGCUGGCUAAACUCAGCGCCUCCCCGACCGCCGAAGACCUGGGCUACGCCGCCGGCAUCGUCAGGUGGCUGGCCAGCCAGCAGAACUACCGCGGCUUCUCCUCCACACAGGACACCGUGGUGGCUCUCCAGGCUCUGGCUCUCUACUCCGCUCUAGUCUUCAGUCCCAGAGGUUUGAGCACGGUGACGGUCCAGACUCCCAGUGGCCGGCUGACGUUUGACGUGAACCAGAACAACAAGCUGCUCUACCAGGAGGCGGAGCUUCAGGACACGACGGGGAAGUUCAGCCUGGAGGUUCAGGGCACGACGUGCGCUGUGAUGCAGAUCUCUCUUCACUAUAACGUCCCGCCUCCCGCUGCAGUCACCACUCUCCAGGCGGAGGUCACACCAAAGGCCGACUGCACCAACACAAGACCCAAACUCUCUCUGAUGAUCAAGACCCUAUACAGUGGAGAGGAGAACACCACCAACAUGGUGAUCCUGGACAUCAAGAUGCUCUCCGGCUUUGUCCCAGACCCUGAGUCUCUGAAGAGCCUCAAGCGGGCCAUAAUGGUGGAUCGAGUGGACCAGAACGGGGACCACGUCCUGCUGUACAUCAAGGAGCUGGAGAAGGACUUGCCCAUCUUCUACAGGCUGGACCUGAUCCAGGAGCUCCGAGUGGGGAACCUGAAGCCGGCCGUGGUCAAGAUCUACGACUACUACCAGCCGAGUGACCAGGAUGACAUUGAGUACUCCUUCCCCUGUUUCUCAGGUUGAACUGGAGGAGGGGUGAGUCCUGAUGAGCACCAAGUCUACAGACAGGCCUCACACAGCAGCAGUGCUCUGAUACAGCCGAGGAACACAAUGCAUGAUGGGAAAUAAAGUCAUCUGAUGUGGAAA